AAGCGAGGCUCCGUGAAGCCUGGAGGGAUGGCUCUCCUCCUGGUCUUGAUGUGGUUGGUUCUCCCGAAUCGGGCUCUCCUCUCCGGUCUGGAUCACUGUGGCGUUCAUGAAAGCAGCAGCUCAAACAACAUGUCGCCGUGGCUGCAGUCUUUACAAUGCCACAAUGACUACAAGACCCGCGUGGACUGCAAAUGGACGGCACCGGCAAACACGACUCUGCAGGUCUGGCUGAGGGAAAACGAUGGCAGCAGUGAGCUCUGUGGGCCUUUUAAAGACGAAAAAACAACCGAGGAUGGAGUUGUCCAGUGCAGACAUAAAACUCGUGUGCUUGGCCUGGGAACCAGCCAUACUGUCUUCUUCGUGAACAACCAGACAGCAAGCCUCUGCUCGUCUUCCAAACACACAUCUCUGCGCCUGAGGGCACGUCCGCCUGGGGGUCUGACUGCGUCCGAGGAAAGCGAUGGCAGCUACUGGCUAAAGUGGUCCAGUCCGUAUCCUCCGUCGUCCUCCCUGAACCAGAACGUCUCGUAUCAGCUCAGCUUCAGGACGCAGGUGGAGGACGAGUGGACCACUCAGACUGUCGCAGAGACCAGCGUGAGAUUGGAGAGGCAGAAGCUGCUUCACGGCCGUAGAUACGAAGCCAGAGUGAGAGCCUGGGCCGGCGUGGGUCAGUGGAGCGAAUGGAGUCCUGUGGCGAGCUGGAAAACUGGAGAUGACGGUCAACAGCCCAGAGAGAUUCCCUCUCUGGACUGUGUUCUGGAUGGAGAGAAGGAAGUGACGUGUAGCUGGGAGGUGAGCAGAGAGCUAGCUUAUCUCAUCACCUACCAGCUGACCUGUCGACACGACCCGACAGCACGGUUUGAGGGAUGUUGCGUGAACCCAGCUGUGAGUUCUGACCCCGGAGGGACAGAAGUGAGGUACAGCUGCCCUCUCACCGAUGUGGACCCUGAACGUCUGCAGCUGAAGCUCCAGCCGGCACACAACGCUAAGACUUUCCAAGCGUCCAAACACAUCCGUACCAAUUCGCCAGUGCAGGUGAAAGUGAGGGAGAAAAACGGUGACUGGGUUGUGGAGUGGUCUCCGCCAGCUGAGGCAGCUACAGAGCUGUUGUACCAGGUCUGGUAUUACAGGGCCACAGAUCCGGAAUCCCCGCAGCUGCUGAACAUUUCCCAGGGGUCCACGCGGGUGAGCAUCCCAGGAACAUCCCUGGUGCCGCUCCAGGACUACGAGGUGAAAGUGAGGUCACUGGUUGCCCCUGGAGAAGGUUCCACCUACGAAGGAAUCCCCUCAGAAUGGUCUGAACCUGCGAACUGGACCUCAAAUAAAGCCACUUGGUCCGUCUCCACACUGAUUUAUUUCUUCUGUGGCCUGAUUGCAGCCGCGCUCUUUCUGACUCUGUACUUCACUAUUCCAGUUUGCCGGAAGAAAGUUGUGACGUGGGUGGACUCAGUUCCCUCUCCAGGCAAAAGCAAGAGCCUGUUUGAGAUCAAGUCUUCCUCGUCCCCGACCCUCGUGCAGAGCGAGAAGACGUCCAUUUGUAGCGUGCAGCACCUCGACCGCGUAUCCACCUGCUCCUCGGAAGCUUUGCUUUGGCCGACCAGGAGCACUGAGACGACGUGCGCCGAUCAGAGCAGGAGUUGCUGGAACUGUGAUAACCUCCCCUCCCCUCUUGAUACUGUUCACAACUCGGACACGUCGUCCAUGAGCUUCAGCGGGCCAUACAUCUUUUGUCAGGGAUCAGGACAAAUGUCAAUGGAGGUCCAGCAAGAAAAUGUCCGCGAAACAAAAUCGGAUGAAGCUGUGCCUCUCUUCCCGGCGCCAUGUCCUCUUCGUGACAAAGAUUACGUGUGUCUUCCCAACCGCAACCUCUCAAGGUCCACAGAGGACCUCACAUCCCACAGCAGCUCAGGCCCAAAAUGGUACGACAGGCCUGAGCAGGACCAGCAGCAGCACCCGAACGCCACACUGCGGCCUGUUCAGCCUGACAGCCGGUCCGGCUUCGGAGAACCCGCGGUGAGAAGUCAACCGCCUGAUAACACGGCAGGGCUGCUCCCCUCUUGGCCUCAAGAGGGCGCUAACUCGGGAUACUGCCAGCUCCCGGCAGCCUUCAUGGUACCGUCAAAAUGAACAGCUGCAUGCAAGAAAAGAAAACAACGCAGGAUCAAUCAGUAAUUGACUUUUUGUAAGCUUCUACUUUAUUUUAAGCUCCUCAAUCUAUUAGAGGAAAAAAAAAAAGUAUCUUGUUGUCGUUGCACAUAUUUUAUAUUGGCUUUACUGGUUUGAAUUUAGUAAUAUGUAACCAAAUAUUUAACAGGGUAAAUAAAGUGUUUUUAUAUCUACAAAUAUUCCAGGAAGAAUAUGUAUAUGUAUAUAUUUUUAUUAAUGUUUACCUUUAGCAUGAUUUUCUUUAAACGAGCUGCCACUCCUUGAAACAGCUAAAGAGACGGAAGGCAAGUUAAGGUCAGAACAUUGACGCUGUGACCUUUUUCACCAUUUUAUUUCCUGUACAGAGCAUUUUAAUUUCAAUAAAAGUUAAACACACAUGCUAAUAAGACAAAC